GUAUUUUGAACCUUGAUGUGCUGACUCUUUUCUCAUAUGAAGUUUUUUAAUUUAAUCUUUGCUGUUACAGGCUUUUGGUGCUGUGGAAACGAUGACCGAUCGUCACUGCAUCGCCUACAAGACACAGUUCCAUUAUUCUGCCGAAGAUCUCCUUUCUUGCUGCACUGACUGUGGUGACGGAUGUGAUGGAGGUUGGCCACAAAUAGCCUUCACGUUCUGGCUAGACGAAGGCAUCGUUUCCGGUGGAAAUUUCGAAUCGAAGACCGGAUGCCAACCUUAUGUGGUGCCUGCCUGCGAACACCACGUUGAUGGCCCCAGACCAAACUGUGAUGAUAUCGAUUUCAACACUCCACAGUGCCUCCGCUCGUGCAUUCCGGAAUACAAUUCGUCGUAUGCUGAUGACAAACACUCUGCCAGUAAAGUUUACCAGCUGAGUUCAGAGGAUGACAUUCUCAAAGAUCUUGUUGAACACGGACCUCUGGAAGCUUCAUUCGAUGUCUACGAAGACUUUUUGCACUAUAAGUCAGGCGUUUACCACCAUGUUUCUGGAGACCUGUUAGGUGGACAUGCUGUUAAGGUUAUCGGAUAUGGAGUGGAAAAUGACAUCCCAUACUACCUCUGCUCCAACUCCUGGAACACCGACUGGGGUGACAAUGGCUUCUUCAAGAUCAAAAGAGAUGAAAUGAACAAUGCAAUGUACACUGGCAUCCCCCGCGUGACCACCAUGACCAAGAUCAAGACUUCGGGGGACCAGAAGCCCCGCGCCGACGAGGCGAAAAUUGUCAUCGUCAGCCCCGCCGAGACAGCCGAUGAACGCACCGACAUGGAUAAUGAGUUGCGGAACCUCACCAGGAGCCACAUCAAUCUUUUGUGUGUCGUUCGGAUGCUCAUUUACAUGUUGGGGAUGCUUUUCCUAUUGAUGAUUUUGCGAGAAUUCUACGAUCCUAAAAUCAAGGCGGGUCGCAACUUCCCCACCUCGACGUCCAUGCGCGUGCUCAGGAGGAUGAUGGGGGUCAAGGAGGAGCGCCAAUUUCAAGGCUCUUCUUCUGCACACAAACUCCCAUCUUUGUUUUCACAGGCUUUCGCUGCUGUGGAAGCCAUGACCGAUCGUCACUGCAUUGCUUUCAAGACGCAGUUCCGUUUUUCCGCCGAAGACGUGCUCACUUGCUGCAGUGAUUGCGGUCACGGUUGUAAUGGAGGUAUUCCAGAAAAAGCUUUCAGCUUCUGGCGAGAUGAAGGCAUCGUUUCGGGUGGAAGUUUCGACUCCAAGUCGGGAUGCCAACCUUAUGUGGUUGCUCCCUGCGAGCACAUCGUUGAUGGUCCCAGACCAAACUGUGAUGAUAUCGACACUUUAACUCCACAAUGUUUCCGUUCGUGCAUCCCGGAAUACAAUUCUUCCUAUGCAAAUGACAAACAUUUUGCCAGCGAAGUUUAUCAGCUAAAUUCAGAAGCUGAUAUUAUGAGAGAUCUUGUGGAACACGGACCACUGGAAGCCGUAUUCAAUAUUUACGAAGACUUUUUGCACUUCAAGUCUGGCGUUUACCAUUACGUUGAGGGAGGGUGGUUAGGUGGACAUGCUGUUAAAGUUAUCGGAUAUGGAGUGGAAAAUGACCUCCCUUACUACCUCUGCUCCAACUCAUGGAACACCGACUGGGGUGAUAAUGGCUUCUUCAAGAUCGGAAGAGUGGAUAUGAGCCCUGUUAUGUACAGUGGUAUCCCUAAGCCAGUUCCAUCCGCUUAGGUUUAGUUCUUAUCCCGACAGAUCUACUAAUUUUUAGAUAUAAUCAAAUUGAAAUAUAGUAAAAGAACAAAAUUUUUUGUAAAAUUCCUUCACAGCUGCCGUGGAAAGCUUGGAAAGGUCUGACAGCUUUCACUUAGACCGAAAAUUUAUAGUCAAGAAGACUGGUCGAACUGUGGUGCCUGCCAAUCCCACUAAUUAGUUUACGGUCGAUUGUUUUCCAAAAUAUAUUGAGAUGUAAUGUCAUGCAAUUCUAAAUGAAAUUGUAUGUAAUUAUGUGAUAUGCAGGAUUAGACCUUGAAAUUACGUGUCAUUCUGAAAUUAUUGAGAUAUAAUUGCCAACUAUUCCUGAAUGAGUGGGAAGUAGGAAUCAUAAGCAGAAUGUAAGUUGCUUUCGAAUUAAUAUGGGUUGCCAGUCGGAGACGGAUAAUGCCCAGCACCGACUGAACUGACAUGAUCACUUCCUCCAAUAACUCAGCUACCAACAAUUCUGGUCUACCACGGUAUCGGCUGCAAGCCACAACUGCUAAAACAAAAAUCCCUAGAAUUUGACCAACCAGCCUCCAGCAGAGAACCCGGCAAUGGUAUGGAAUGGCAUAGUCUGCCAACACGUGAAAUAAUUUUAUACCAAUCUGACAAAGCGCGUAUGAGCGCUCCAGCAUUCAUUCACCACACCAAUCUUUAGUAGGUGAGGCACAACUGCGUACUUAUGAGCGAGCGUAUAAGCGUGGCUGUAGACUCACGGCGCUGUUAGCGUAAAUUAAGGAAUGUAGAACGGGUCUGGUUUACGGUGUUCCAGCGAGGUCUUCGGCUUUUAUCUCUGAGGCUGAGCUAUUGCAUAUUUAGGCUGGGCCUUGAUUCCAGGGCUAAUUUAAGAGUUGAACGUGUGGCCCAAGGCUGUGCCUCAUCUACUCAGUGUUAAUUCACCAAGGUUCAAAUACCAAGGUGAAAUAUAGUAAAAUAUGUCAACUUAAACUCAGGUUUCUAAAUCUAAGGAAGCGGACCUAUUUGUCUAUUUCUACCGGCCCUGCAGUUGACGCAUCUGAAAGCAAGUAAUUGGCUAUUCCUCACUGCUCCCAUCUUUUGAAAUUUUUGCAAAAUAUACUGAGAAAUUUUAUUUUUAUCACA